AAAAUAGGCGAGACUCAAGAGACAGAGAAGUAAAAGAAGAGCAUAUUCCCUUUGUUAAAGAAGCGAGUGAGAGUUUUUGUGGCGCAACUGGCGUUGUGCAGAGCCACAAAGUCAUACAGUAAUUAGCAAUAGCAGCCCACACGGUUGAAACACACACACGCGCACACACACACAUAUAUAUGUCUUGCAGCUGAUGUAGCAGACGGCGACACCUUUGUUUAUUCUACUUUCAACUCCGACGCUGAAAGACCAAUAGAUAAUUGACGCUCUCAUAUGCAUUUCCCCCCUGUUCUUAUGUGAAUGAACGAAUUCUCGUUGCUGAAAUUUGCCAUUAAUAUUAGGUAGGUCGGUAGGUAGGUAGGGAAAAUUGGAUGAUUUCGCCCCCCUUUUGAUUCACAAUCCCAACUCUUAUUAUUGAUUAAAGUCUUUGGUGGUGAGUUUUGUUGUAAUCGGAGAAAAGAAUUUGAUCGAUGGUGCGCAUGUCGAUACCCAAGGAACCGGAGCAAGUGGUAAGACAGAGAGACGGAUCGGUGCUGGGUAAGAAGACCAUUCUCAAGAGCGACCAUUUCCCUGGCUGCCACAACAAAAACCUGCUCCCUCAUGUUGACGGUGCUCCCAAUUACCGCAAGUUGGUAGCUGGCUCAUUCUGUAACAAGCAUGGCGCCACAACCCUGGCUCCUCCCAGUGCUUAGAAACCUACGGCAAGUUCGUUGCCUGUCCACGGUGUUGCUAUUCCGACUAUUGAUGGAAUUCGCAAUGUUCUCAAGUACAUUGGUGCUGACAUCAACGGGGAGCGCAUUCGUGUACUUUGGAUUAACCUUCGCGAGGAACCGGUGAUUUAUAUUAACAGUCGGCCUUUUGUUCUGCGUGAUGUGGAGCAGCCAUUCUCAAAUCUUGAGUAUACGGGUAUUAACAGGAUCAGGGUAGAGCAAAUGGAAGAUCGAUUGAAAGAAGAUGUCCUCAUAGAAGCUGCUCGAUAUGCAAAUAAAAUCCUCGUAACUGAUGAACUACCAGAUGGUCAGAUGGUGGAUCAGUGGGAACCAGUUACACAUGAUUCUGUCAAAACACCACUAGAUGUAUACGAGGAGUUGACGCAUCAGUUCCUUGUCGAUUAUGAACGUGUUCCCAUAACAGAUGAGAAGUCUCCGAAAGAACAGGACUUUGAUGUUCUGGUUCAUAAAAUUUCUCAAGCUAGUGUAAGAACAGAGAUCGUAUUUAAUUGCCAAAUGGGGCGAGGACGAACGACCACGGGAAUGGUGAUUGCAACACUGAUUUAUCUUCAUCGCAUUGGAGCUUCAGGUAUUCCAAGAAACAACUCCAUGGGUAAAGUUUCUGGUUGCAGUUCUAGCAUUACUUCGGACUUACCAGAUUCAGAGGAAUCUAUCCGUAGAGGAGAAUAUGCAGUUAUCAGGAGCCUAAUUCGAGUUUUAGAGGGCGGCGUUGAAGGCAAAAGACAGGUUGAUGAAGUCAUCGACAAAUGUGCAUCUAUGCAGAAUCUACGAGAAGCUAUUGCUCAUUAUCGGAGCAGUAUUCUCUGUCAAGAUGACGAAAUGAAGAGGGAAGCUUCUCUUUCCUUUUUUGUGGAGUACUUGGAGAGAUAUUAUUUCCUCAUUUGUUUUUCUGUAUACCUCCACAUGGAAAGAGAAACUCUUUUUCCUAUAUCUCCUGGUCAAUGCAGUUUCACCGAGUGGAUGAGAGCUAGACCUGAGCUUUAUAGUAUACUUCGAAGAUUGCUGCGAAGAGAUCCAAUGGGGGCACUUGGUUAUGCCAAUAUAAAACCAUCUCUAGCUAAUGCUGAAUCUGCUGAUGGCCACCCAUUAGAGAUGAGUCAAGUUGCUGCCUUAAGGAACGGAGAGGUUCUGGGAAGUCAAACUGUUCUCAAAAGUGACCAUUGUCCUGGUUGUCAACAUCCUGGGUUACCAGAAAGAGUAGAGGGUGCUCCAAAUUUCCGGGAAAUACCUGGAUUUCCAGUGUACGGCGUUGCUAUUCCCACAGUUGAUGGAAUUCGAUUGGUCAUCCAAAGGAUUGGAAGCUCGAAAGGUGGCCGUCCAGUAUUCUGGCACAAUAUGAGAGAAGAACCUGUUGUUUACAUAAAUGGAAAGCCUUUCGUACUUCGUGAAGUUGAAAGACCAUAUAAAAAUAUGCUGGAAUACACGGGGAUUGAUUGUGAAAGAGUUGAACGAAUGGAAGCUAGGCUUAAAGAUGAUAUUUUGCGGGAAGCUGAACGAUAUGAAGGGGCUAUAAUGGUCAUCCAUGAAAAUGAUGGAGGCCAAAUAUCAGAUGCUUGGGAGCAUGUGACGUUGGAUUCUGUACAGACUCCACGGGAGGUAUUCCAGUGCUUUGAAGCUGAUGGUUUUCCCAUCAAAUAUGCUCGUGUCCCGAUAACUGAUGGAAAAGCUCCAAAAGGGUCUGAUUUUGACACGUUGGCCGUGAACAUUGUAUCCGCUUCUAAGGACACGGCUUUUGUUUUCAACUGCCAGAUGGGAAUUGGAAGGACAACAACAGGUACUGUUAUCGCAUGCCUUCUAAAACUCCGAAUAGAUUAUGGAAGGCCUAUUAGACUGUUUGUUGAUGACUCGUUUCAAUUAAAAUUGAGAAGUCAAAGUGUUGAUGAAAGGGAAGAUCAGAUAUCCACAUUGGUGUCUAAUCCUGAUAAAAUUAGGACAGGACAAGACAUGGGUCAUUCCUUCGGCAUUAAUGACAUCCUACUGCUAUGGAAGAUUACACGAUUAUUUGACAAUGGGGUUGAAUGCCGAGAAGCAUUAGAUUCUAUUAUAGAUCGAUGUUCAGCCUUGCAGAACAUCCGCCAAGCUGUCUUGCAGUACAGAAAGUUGUUUAAUCAGCAGGAUGUGGAGCCUAGAGAAAGAAGAGUGGCGUUAAAUCGUGGUGCUGAAUAUUUGGAGCGUUACUUCCGUUUGAUUGCUUUUGCAGCGUAUCUAGGAAGCGAAGCUUUUGAUGGGUUCUGCGGACAUGGACAGUCAAAAAUGACCUUUAAGAAUUGGUUACAUCAGAGACCAGAAGUUCAAGCUAUGAAAUGGUCCAUCCGACUAAGACCUGGGCGAUUCCUUACCAUCCCUGAGGAAUUGAGAGCUCCCCAUGAAUCUCAACAUGGAGAUGCUGUCAUGGAGGCAAUUGUGAAGGACCGUAAUGGUUCAGUUUUGGGUAAAGGUUCAAUACUGAAGAUGUAUUUCUUUCCUGGUCAAAAAACCUCUAGCCACAUACAAAUCCACGGUGCACCACAUGUCUACAAGGUGGAUGGAUAUCCUGUAUAUAGCAUGGCAACUCCAACAAUUGCCGGUGCAGAAGAGAUGCUAGCGUAUUUAGGUGCCAAGCCUACAGCAGAAGGAAGUGCUCCUCAGAGAGUAGUUUUAACAGAUCUAAGAGAAGAAGCUGUUGUUUACAUCAACAACACUCCUUUUGUUCUUAGGGAACUGAAUAAACCUGUUGAUACUCUCAAGCACAUAGGAAUCACUGGUCCAGUGGUGGAACACAUGGAAGCACGUUUGAAAGAAGAUAUAAUAUCUGAGAUUAGAAAAUCUGGUGGUAGGAUGCUUUUGCACCGUGAAGAAUUUAACCCUGCUUUAAAACAGGCCAGUGUCGUUGGGUACUGGGAGAAUAUAUUUGUGGAUGAUGUUAAAACACCUGCAGAGGUAUACACAGCUUUGAAGCAUGAAGGAUACAAUAUAGCAUAUCAAAGGAUACCGAUAACGAGAGAGAGAGAAGCUCUGGCUUCAGAUGUUGAUUCCAUACAAUACUGUAAGGAUGACUCUGCAGGGUCAUAUCUUUUUGUAUCACACACGGGAUUUGGAGGUGUUUCAUAUGCUAUGGCUAUUGUUUGUAUAAGACUUGAAGCAGAGGCAGCAUUAAAAUCAUCAUCACGGAUUGUCGGGAUUCCUUCCUGUGGAGAACUUUUGAAUUCUGAUAAUGAAGCACGCAAAAUGGGCGACUACAGGGACAUACUAAGCCUAAUACGAGUUCUUGUCCAUGGUCCUGAAAGCAAAGCAGAUGUUGACUUUGUUAUAGACAGGUGUGCUGGGGCUGGACAUCUGAGAGAUGAUAUUCUUUACUACAGCAAGGAACUUGAAAAUCUUCCUAAUGGUAACGAUGAUCAUCGAGCUUACCUUGAGGACAUGGGUAUUAAGGCUUUAAGGCGAUACUUCUUCCUCAUCGCGUUUAGAUCAUAUCUGUACAGCACUUCAGCAAGUGAGAUGAGAUUCACUACUUGGAUGGAUGCAAGGCCCGAACUCGGCUAUCUGUGUAAUAAUCUUAGAAUCGAUAGAUAGAUAUAGAUAUAUAGACCUAGAAAUGUAUACAUUAAUGUAGAGCUGCCUUGAUGUUCAGAAGAUGCCUCGUCUCAUGUGAAAAAUAUUAAAAGGCCUUACAUGACCUUGUAUGGUAUAAUGUAUUGACGACUUAUUUGCGGAUCUUGCAUCUUUUGCCUGUCAUGGAUCUGACUUGGCCGCAUUUUGUAUAUGGUUCAGGUUUAGUCCAGCUUAGUUUAUUUAUUUUUGUAAUGGAUGUUCUACAAUCAAAAUAUCAACGGUUUGUAUUAAUGUAUAAUUAUUACAAACUGAGAAGAGGUAGGAAAAGUCGACUAUGAUUCACAAUUUCAUGAAUAAAAGCCUUUCCUACGUACUGAGA